GCUACAAGACCAUCCGAACUGGAUUUUAACACAAGUAAACGUUGGGAAACCAUAGACAAAGCCAUGCCACCAGAAGAACACCAGUGUACCACACCUGCCAAGAGGGCCAUCAAAAAAAUCCGAAUGACUAGCUUGGUUAUCAGCUUGGCGAAAGGUUGGCAGCAGUGGGCAACUGAACACAACACCAAGCAAGCUCAGGAACCUAGUGGAUGGGUACCCAAUGAAGACAAAUCACCAAAUGACCCAAGAGAGUGGACACCUCCAAAACAUUCGCCAACUUUCAAGACAUAUCAGUCAAAAACCGAGAUACAGUUUCCCUCAGGACAGCAAGUGUCAAACAAAGAUGGAGAACAAAGUCCAAGUGAAUCAACAGAAGCUCUGGAGAAAUGUAAUAUUAGAAGUAAAGAAGUUACCAAAAGUGUAAUAAGGUCACUCUCUGAAAGAAGUAGUGACAUUGGUCUUCUCAGCAACAAAUAUGAACAAGAUGAAUUUGCAGAGACAGGAAAGAUCAUCAAUGACCCUACAAAUAUUGAUCAAAUCCUUAGUAAUAAAAUGUCUCCCACAAGAAGGAGAAAGUGCUCCAAUCUGGUAUCAGAGAUGACAAAGGGAUGGAAACGUUUGGAACAAGAAGAACUACAGGACUGUCGCAGCAACAGCUUGGAUACAGAAGAUAGUGGCUAUGGUGAAGACACAGAGGAUGGAUUAGACAGGGAUCAUAAUAUCCAAGAAAUACAGAGUGUUGUGAGGAUAAAACAUCCCAUGGCCUCACACAAAAAUAAAAAUCUCAAGUUGCCGAAGAAUUACAGUCCUGUCUACAAUCUAAAGGGGCGAUGGGAAGAAUGGGCUGAUGAACAUGUGACUGUACAGAAACUCAACCCUUUCAGCGAGGAGUUUGACUAUGAGCUCGCUAUGGCCACCCGUCUGCGUAAAGGAGAUGAGGGCUAUGGCCAUCCUAAAGAAGGCACAAAGACAGCAGAACGGGCCAAGAGAGCAGAGGGCCACAUCCACCGGGAGAUGAGAGACAUGUGUUUCAUCAUCAGAACAAUGGCUCAGUUACGACAUGAUGGCAAGAUCCAAGUCACUUUUGGAGAUCUCUUUGACAGAUACGUUCACAUUUCAGAUAAAGUGGUUGGAAUACUCUUGAGGGCCAGAAAACAUGGAAUGCUAGACUUUGAGGGAGAAAUGUUGUGGCAAGGCCGGGAUGAUGCCGUUCUAAUAACUUUGUUAGAAUAAGGUCUUUUUUUCUUCAUAGGAUAAGCCAAAGGACAUCCUUAUACUUGGAAUGUUUUAUCAAAAGGUUUAUCAGAAAGAUCGAUAGACGUCAAAGCUUUCAUCAGUACUCAGAACUUAUCUAUUAAUAUUUAACAAUAGCAUCUCCAUAUUAUUCCACCUCUAUGUUACUGUUUAUUAAAUAGUUUGUUUUGCCAGUACCAGUAGUAUCUGAUUUAACUAUGUUUGUUAAGAUUUCUACAGUAUAUAAAGAAUGAAAAUGAUAUAGAAGAUGGCCCACCUUAUGGAUCAGAUGUUUAUUAGACACUUGGGCAUUUUUCAGAGAUCUGGUUAGCACUGGGAGCAUGAGGCAAUCCAGACUGUUGAUGUUGUUGCUCCCUCUUUUAAGUUAAUCAAUCCCAAUUCACUUUUUGUUUAUAGAGGACCUCCAGCAGAUAAAAUGACAGAUAAAAUGUUUAAAGGACCCAUGGAGAAAUAUAAAAAGAAUGAACGCAACCCAAUCACCAAUAGACAAGUCCAAGUUCAGCCCUACUUUGCCUCCCAGGAAAAAUGAGGAAAUUUUCAUACUUUUCCUAUUUUGCACUGAUGGAUUGUUAAGUCAGUGGCCUUGUUUAGGGUAGUGAAUUCCUUUUGGGGAAAUUUGUGAAAUUAACAAACUCCACAGUUCUUGUGACCAUUUUGGAUAGCACCUUGCCAACUGUUGCUUAGAUACUGCCAGCCUUACAUUAAAGGCUACAUUAAGUGAUUUUAUUUAAUGUUAGACCCCCAACAUUUCAGCAAUUUAUUUUGACAAUAUAAGCUCAUUAAUUCUGCUUUAAAAUGCAGUGAGGUUCAUGGACAUGUAAUGCUACAACAAUACUUUAUAAUAAAUCUGCCAUUACUUAAAAGAUGUGCAAAAUAGCUUUCAGAUAGGGAGAUAGCAAUCUUUUUGAGUUAGUGGGGACAAUGGAUGAUUUCCAAACUUCAUGUGGGUGUUCAGAGAUUCUCAAAAUGGCUGCCAUGGGAAUAUACCUACAUAUAAAUAAUCAAUUUACCACAUUUCUUACCAUCUUUAGCACCUGCUCAAACAGAAUAUAUAUUACCUCUUUAAUGAUCAGCACUUUUUUUCUGAACAAGAUACUGAGUUACAAUUGUUUGUCAUUUUUAUCUACUAAGAUAGCUUAAUUAUCAUGAUGCUGGAAGAUACCAUUUUGCAUUACAAUAUGCCUUCUCUUUUUAAAAAAAUAAUUGAAAAAUGUAAAACGCUACUAGUUGAAUGAAACAGAACCUGGCAGAUAUUAAACCGAGUAUCCUUGGGAGCCAACUGGGCCCCCCAGUGUUAGAUGAACCACAUUGCUUUCUUAAUGCUAUCAGCUGUUGAAAAGAAUUACAUUUUGAUAUGGUAUGUUGUCUUUCAAAGUGAAAGAUCCUGCAUCUUCUUACAGAAGAAAAAUAUAUGAUUUUGUGUCAAGAUGAUGGUAAAUUUAUUCUAAAAAUUGAUAUGGAGAUAUCAGUAUAUGUGCAUGCAUGUAUAUAUAGCUUUUGAAUGUGUUUUCAGUCAAGUAUCAAAAAUAUGAUUCUUUCAAGAAAUCAUGUGCAAAAAUCUUAAGUGCUGUGAAAUAUUAAUAGCAUUAUAAAGGAAGUUUGUUAUAAGCAAAUAACAUUUUACAUUUAAUCAAUGAAGUUUCCUGCAUCCAUAGACUGAGAAUAAAAGCUUGAUUUACCUUACCAAUUAGAUAAAAUAAUUAAGUUUGAAAAAAUGUAAUUUAAAGAAAUGUUGCUUUCCCAGGACAAGGAUAUUAUUUUCAGGUUUUUAUGUCUGCUAAUUAUUUUUCAAGAUUAUGAAAGUUUACUGAGCAGUUUAUACCAUUGAUUAGUUUAAAUUAAGCUGUAGAUACUAAAUGUUUCUGUCAAAUAUAGGAAUGUGAUUCAUUUCAAAAUCUUAUUUAUAUUAACAAGAAGUGAAAUGCACUGCAAAUUCAGUUGAUACAAUGGGAUGAAUGAAAAAGAAUUAAA